GUGCCCUACAGGCCAGACGGGUGUUCAUGUCGACAGCCACUAGCAAGCAUUAGACGCUCUGAUCGACCCCCCAUGAUGCUGUCAGAUGAACUCUCGUCCGUCAGCCUCAAGCUAACACGAACGGCCUGUCCACGCCCCAUGGUUCGUGCUACCCUGUCCCCUUCUUUUCCCCCCAGUCAGGUCGCUGCAAGCCACCUUCACAGCAGAUCAGAAAAGUUUCCCUUGCACGGCCUCUGCUGCAGGUCCCAGUCACAUCCGCUGCGUAAGCCCUGAACCAUCAUCGCCCCGUUCCCAACAACGGCUCUGUCAUGGCCUCUUUCUCAAAUCUGAGGAUGCAUGGCUGGCGGCUACAACCGACCGUCUCUCCAAGCCAACGAUGCUAUCAUCGGAGAUGGUUACGCCGAAUUCGCCACCAAAAGUCUUCAGAUUAGCAGAACUGGGCUGGCUGAAGGGCACCGUUCUUCGUGUCCCAUCACACCUGUCUACUCUCUACAAACCGGAUCGAAUAGACCAGCUGGAUGCGAUCGAUCGACACUGGCACGCGCUGAUCAACGACCACAGGGUGUUUAUUAGAUCAGCGACUUGAUCGGGUCCUACCCAUCGUG